UGUGCAAGGUAUCGAGAAUGGUGAACGAUAUAUUCAACGCUCAAAUAUUGAUAUACACGAUCACGACACUGCUAUAUUGCACUAUAUGUGUCUACGCCUUGUACAUGAUGCUUCACAGAGAUCCUAAUUUUAUAAUAGAUCGAUUGGAUCUGACAUUGAUAUAUAUGUUGGACAGCGUGGUUGGUACUUUGAAGAUCGCUUUAAUGAGCUACGACUGCGAAUAUACAAUGGGACAGGCUAACAAAACGAUAGGAAACAUCCACGCGUAUCCUGUGCACGAAGGAAACGCAGAAUUAACAGAUGAGAUUCUCCAUUUUUCUUGGCAAAUAUCGUACACGCAACUUGAAGAAACAAAAUCGGUUCAUUACAUAUUGAACUAUGGAUUCAUCCGUUACGUUAGUAUACUUCUUUGCGUGGAUUUAUUUCUCCUUGAAUUUAUUAAAAAUUUAUUCGUAUAAUUUUUACAGUGU